AUGCCAAGCCCGUCGCGAUUACCUGUGCAUGACGGGGUCCGUCUCGGCACCACGUCCCGCGGCGACCAGGCCCUGGAUCCAGACGAAACAUCCACUGCGGACGCCGCUGUCAGUGUCAACGGUUCGGUGGAAAAUGGGGAACCCCAACCGCCAACGUCGAUCCUGGGAUGGGGCAGUCCCGGUACCGAUAGCACCCCGCUCCUAGCAUCAUCCACAGCCCGCCGCCGAGCUAGUAGUGAUAACAGCAGUAGCAGCAGUGGAAGCUCGAAUCCAACGUCACUACUACUAGGAAGCCCGCCGCCUCCGCAUCUUCCCCUCCUCUCUGAGAGUGAGAAGCCCCAGUAUAUGCGACGCGGGUGGCCCCGACUACUAAUAAAGAGGUUAUCCAAAAAGAUGGUGUUGUUUUCAGUCUGGGCUUUCAUCAUUGGCUUCCUGUGCGUCUGCCUAUACGACUACCGAUAUAAUACCAACGGCCGCGGCGCCCCCUCGUUUGCGAACUCGGACGACGUGGAAAAGGGCACCCUGAGUAGUACCACCCAGCACGGCAACUACGGCGACAAUGACAACGGUAACGGCAACAAGGCAGACAGCAGUAGUGGUGGUAGCACAAAGGCAAUAAUUUCAUCUGUCGACCCGGAUCUCGAGCUAGAUCUACUUUCGUCCGCAUCUUCUCCUUCGCCUUCGUCCUCCUUCUCCAACUCGUCCGCAUAUUCUUACACUUCAGGCCCAACUCCGACUUCUCAAAUUGCAGACGCCAAGGACGCGUCGCAAUCCCAGUUUUCUACCACCUUGUUGACCGUAACCACCACCAUGGCAAACAUAAAGAAGCCCAGUUCUACAGUCACACCACCUGCAGUCACCUUGCGCCAAGGCCGGUACAUUGGCGUCAACUUGCCUGUCGAGUACCGCUUUCCAAAGGCCAUUGAGGCCUGGCGUGGUAUUCCCUUUGCGCAGACCACCGGAGGAGAAAACCGCUUCCGGCCACCCAAGGCACUGCCGGACUCUGAUCAGACGUUCCAGGCUGUCAGGUUCGGCGAGAAUUGUCCUAUAGGAGGAACCGUUGGAAAGGGAUUUGGGGAGAACUGUUUGAACGCCAAUAUCUACAGGCCGGCAGGCAUUAACUUCAACUACCGUGUUUGCGCCUUGGGAUUCCUCCCGUCGGCCUUGACGGCGAAGGAAGGGUUGUUGAAUCUGGGGUUGAGGGAUCAGACUAUGAUGUUGGAAUGGGUGAGGGAGAAUGUGAAGGCCUUUGGGGGUGACCCGGAUAAUGUCACCAUUAUGGGACUUAGUGCUGGUGCACAUUCGAUUGGGCACCAUAUUAUGUACUACGCCCGUAAGGAAGCACCGGCACCCUUUCACAGAGCCAUCCUCGAGUCCGGCGCCACUACUGCUAGAGCCGUCCUCCUCCCAAGCCAUCCUCGUCACCUGGUCCAGUUUCGUGAAUUCCUCGCCGCUGCUGGUGUCGACGGCGCGCCGGAGGAUCAAGUCUUUGAUCAACUCCGCAAGCUUCCACUUGAGACCAUCGUUAAAGCGUCCAAGAAAGUCUGGGACCGCUACGAACCUAGCGUCACCUGGCCUUUCCAACCCGUCAUCGAUGGGCUUCACGACCAUCAACAAGCCACCAGCAACAACAAAAGCAACAGCGAAACCACUCCCGUGCUAAUACCCGACCUCCCCAUCACCUCAUGGCGCCAAGGCAAACACCUCCGCAUCCCGAUCCUGACGGGCUUCAACACCAACGAAGGCGCCAUGUUCAUCCCACGCAACGCCAAGACAAACAACGACUUCCGCUCCUUCUUCAAGACCCUCAUCCCCACCCUCAGCGACGACGACCUCUCCGCUCUUGAGGUCCUCUACCCGGACCCCGUCACCCAACCCCACAAAAGCCCAUAUCGCUCCGUGCCCAACAGCCAAGGAGCCCAAUGGGCUCGUCUUGACGCUGCCUACAGCCACUACGCUUACAUCUGUCCCGUGCUGCAGACGGCGCACUUUAUGAGCCAGGCUGGACUGCCGGUGCAUGUCUAUAGGUUUGCGGCCAGGGGAAACCGGAACGCGGCAAAUCACGCGGAUGAGGCACCCGUGGUAACGCAUGAUAUGGACUUUUUGCGGUCCCUUGGGCCCCCCGGAAGGGGUAAAGGGUUGAGGAAGGUGGCGGAUGGGAUGAAUGCUGCUUGGGGAAGGUUUGCGAGUGGAGAGAAGAGGAUCGAGGUUGAGACGGAUGGGAAGGACGGUGGGAAAAAGGUGGAAUGGCCAAUUUUUAGGACGCCGUUCGGUGGAGAUGAUCACGACUUGAAGAAGACUGCCGAGAAGAUGACCGAAACCGAAAGGAGGUCCUGGUCGUUGUCUUCAUUGUGGAAACAGAUCAGCAGCAGCAGCGACGGUGACGAUGACGAUGACGAGACGAAGGCGCCAGAGGGAACGGGCAGGAUGAUUGUCUUUGGAGAAGGGAAUAAUGAGCGGGCGGGAGGUAGCAGUCCUGGGACGCCGGCCAAGGAGGAGGUUCUUGAUGGGAUCUUGCUGAAGGCUUGUCGGUUCUGGUGGGAUCGGAUAGAGUUGAGCGAGGGGUUGGGGAAAAGUCGGGAAGAGUUAGGGAGGGACAGUAAAGGGGCGAGGGCUAAGCUCUGA